AAAUAAGAAAAAGUAAUAAAAACGAUAAGAUUUUAAUAUAAUAUUUUACUUAUUGUAUCAUAAAAUGAUACGUAUUAUAAUACCAUUCCAAAGAUAAAUCUCAGAAAAUGAGCACGUGAUAUUUCUUUUUGUUUUUCUCGAGUACAAAGUACGUGAAUAAAGUAUACUAUAGUACAUGUUGCAAUCAUAUAAAGUAUACUAUACUAUAUUUCGCUUACAUACUACACUCUGUAGUCAUAAAAGAAAGAAAAUUGUCGAUUGUUAAUAGAAUGUUGGCUCUUAGAAGGUUUUUUACCAAACAACAAUUUAUUAGAAAUUAUGCAUCUGGAAAAAAACUAUUGGAAAUUGCAGAAGAUAAAAAUACAGGAAUUCAUAUAAUAUCUAUGGCAAGAUCUCCAGUUAAUAGCUUAAAUCUAGAAUUAUUAGAAGAAUUAAAAACAUCUUUGAUAGAAGUCCAGAAAAACAAUUGUAAAGGCAUUGUCCUGACUUCAUCACUACCAACAGUUUUUUCAGCAGGUUUAGACAUUAUGGAAAUGUAUAAACCAGAUAUUAAGAGAUUCACUGCUUAUUGGCGUACUUUGCAAGAUACAUGGAUGACUUUAUAUGGUUUAGAAAUACCAAUUGCUGCUGCUAUCAAUGGUGCUAGCCCUGCCGGUGGAUGUUUAUUAGCUAUUUCUUGUGAAUACAGAGUUUUUGUUGAUGGGGAACAUACCAUAGGAUUGAAUGAGACACGAUUAGGUAUUAUAGCUCCACAAUGGUUUAUAGAUCCAUUUGUUAAUACUAUUGGUUACAGACAGGCCGAAUUAGCUUUGUUGAGGGGUUCACUUUUUCGUCCUAAUGAAGCAUUAAAUAUUGGACUUGUAGAUGAAUUGGCAAGUGACAAAGCAGAAGCCAUUCAAAAAUGCCAAAAAUACAUAUCUUCUUAUGAUAGAAUAUCGAAACAAGCUAGAAAUAUGACAAAAUUAAGACUUCGUGAAAAAUUAAUUUCUUGGUUACAAGAACAUCGAGAGAUUGAAUUAAAUUAUGUUAAACAAUUUAUUCAAUUAGCAAACGUUCAAAAAGGUCUUCACGCAUACAUUGAAACAUUGAAACAAAAACAAAAUUAAAUAUUUUUUUCUGUUACUAUGUAACAUUUAUUAUAAUUUAAUAAGAUAAUAUUUAUAUAUUAUAUAUAUAUUUUUAUAAAACAUGAUAUUAAGAAUUUUUUAUUAUAAGUAUUUACUGCUUGAAUACAUUGUUUAAAUAAAAUGGCUUUUAUUCCUA